AUGCUUCAAGUUAGAUGGAUAAUGUAUUUCAUAAUCUAACAUUCUAGAAAUUAGAAAUUAUGUACUGUUUAUAAUUCAAGACCAUAUAAAUUGUUAGAUUCCGCUAAUUUAUUAGACUCAUUGCUUGUUUAUAACCUUGAUAAACAAUUCUAAGUUCUUUUGAUCUAUUGA